UUGUCAGGUCUCGUGGAGUCCAUAUUGGCGUAGGAAUAUUACACCUUGCGGCGAGCGCUGCGAUCCUUUUCCGUUGCAACAAACGCGAGUGAACAUGUCGUAUGCUUCUGAUCGAAGGCCAGAGGAGUGGUCUGGUGAAAAAAAUGGUCCCGAAAAGGAACCACCAACCUAUGAUGGACCACCAGGAAUGGACCCAGAUGGUGUUAUCGAAUCCAACUGGGAAGAAGUGGUUGAUAAUUUCGAUGACAUGAACUUAAAAGAGGAAUUGUUGCGAGGUAUCUACGCGUACGGUUUCGAAAAGCCCUCAGCAAUUCAACAACGAGCAAUCAUCCCGUGCGUUAAAGCCCACGACGUGAUUGCGCAGGCUCAAUCCGGUACCGGAAAGACGGCGACGUUCUCGAUCGCGAUUCUUCAGCAAAUAGACACUACCCUACGCGAGUGCCAAGCGCUGAUUUUAGCGCCAACGCGCGAACUCGCCCAACAAAUACAGAAGGUGGUGAUCGCGUUGGGAGAUUUUAUGUCCGCCCAGUGCCACGCGUGUAUCGGCGGAACGAACGUACGCGAGGACAUGCGUAAACUGGAGACGGGUAUCCACGUCGUUGUUGGAACGCCCGGACGCGUUUACGAUAUGAUUAAUAGGAGGGCGUUGCGUACCCAGCACAUUAAGAUGUUCGUUUUGGAUGAAGCCGAUGAAAUGUUAUCGAGAGGGUUUAAGGAUCAAAUUCACGACGUGUUUAAAAUGUUGAGCUCAGAUGUUCAGGUCAUCUUGUUAUCUGCUACUAUGCCGCCGGAUGUAUUAGAUGUUACUAAAAGUUUUAUGCGUAGCCCUAUUCGGAUCUUAGUUAAAAAAGAGGAACUUACAUUAGAAGGUAUUAAGCAAUUCUAUGUUUACGUGGAACGGGAAGACUGGAAGUUAGAUACACUGUGUGAUUUGUAUGAUACGUUAUCGAUCACGCAGGCCGUGAUAUUCUGUAAUACCAGGCGCAAGGUCGACUGGCUCACGGAAAACAUGCACAAGAGGGAUUUUACUGUUUCGGCUAUGCACGGUGACAUGGAACAAAGAGAGCGUGAUGUUAUUAUGAGGCAAUUCAGGACUGGGUCGUCUAGGGUACUAAUUACGACUGAUCUAUUGGCCAGAGGUAUUGAUGUACAGCAGGUAUCUUUGGUCAUCAACUAUGAUUUACCUUCCAAUAGAGAAAAUUAUAUUCACAGGAUUGGUCGUGGUGGUAGAUUUGGUCGUAAAGGAGUGGCGAUAAAUUUCGUUACAGAGGACGACAAGCGCAACCUGAAAGAUAUUGAACAGUUUUACAAUACGCAUAUAGACGAGAUGCCGAUGAACGUGGCCGAUCUGAUCUAAUUUGGCGGAUUUGCUGUGACCGACGACGUUGCCUAGAGUUUCCUAUGGUGCGUUGGAGGUCGUCGAUAUUAACUAAUCGGAAAUAAAGAUCGAAAAAUUUCCACAAUACCCAGCUGUGGUUUUGUUCACAAAAAUAAACCCAUCACUAACUUACUUUUUAUUUUUAAUUUUUCAACGUCUUAAACGGAUAUAUUUUGCAUUAAAUAAAUUAUUUUACCGUAAUAUGACACCAGUCA